GGUUUCUCCAGUUUUAUAAUAUAUGAUAUAAAGCAUAAGUUGGGUACUUCUCCAAUCCCCACGAAGAGAGGAAGCAUAGCUUUGCCGAAAGUUUACUGCAGCGAUGUGAACCAGGCUGGAUCUGCCCUAUGAAAUGGAGUGGCGUAAAAGUGCACCAGUGACCAUAUGAAGGCUGCAAUUUGGGACUUUAACCUUAGAAGGGCAGUGGAUUUUUGAGUUUUCAGUAUGAAAGCUAAACCGCUUCCAAGAUGCUUGAAAUAAUAGGAAAAGGAGUGCCCUAAAACGGCUGAAUCUUUUCACUCAAAACAUAUAGCUGAAGAAGCUCACGCCGUCCAAGCUGCUCCUCCCAUGGCCUCCAGACGAUUGAGGGCAUUCAAGAGGUGGAUGAAAUCCCAAGGAAUCAAAUUCAGCGAUGCAAUUGAGUUUACAGACUGCCCAGAACAAGGGCUUUCAGUGCGAGCCUUGUGUGAUUUAAAGGAAGGUGAUGUGGUCGCCCAAAUACCAAAGGCUGCUUGCCUCACUAUCAAGACCAGUGGGGCUCGCGAAAUGAUUGAGGCUGCUGGUUUGGAUGGUUCUUUAGGUCUGUCUGUGGCUUUGAUGUACGAAAAGAGCUUGGGUCAGGACUCUCCUUGGGCUGGUUACCUUCAGCUUUUGCCGAGUCAAGAGUGCUUGCCUUUGGUUUGGACUCUGGAGGAGGUGGAUUCUUUACUCUGUGGGACUGAGCUACAUGAGACAGUUAAGGAAGAUCAAGCUCUUCUUUAUGAGGAUUGGAAAGAAAAUAUUCUUCCCAUAGUAUAUUCGGCACCUCUAAAGCUUUCUCCAAGCUCAUUUAGUGUUGAAGAAUACUUUGCUGCAAAAAGUCUUACUACUUCUCGGUCUUUCGAGAUAGAUGAAUACCAUGGGUCUGGGAUGGUUCCUUUGGCAGAUCUCUUUAAUCACAAGACUGGAGCAGAAGAUGUACACUUCACCUCUCAUCAAGAAUCUGAUGAUGAUGCUGACAGUGACAACACUGAUAAUAGCAAAUUAAGCAAAAUUUCUGGCCAGAAUAAGAAAGCGUUUGGUGCAGCUUGCACUGGUGAAAAUUUGUACUUUCACGGUGAUUCAGAGAGCUCGUCAGUUUUUGGAGAUGAUCCUGUGAUGCUGGAAAUGAUUAUGGUGAGAGAUGUCAUAUCAGGUGUUGAGGUUUUUAACACUUAUGGGUCACUCGGCAAUGCUGCUUUGCUUCACAGAUAUGGAUUUACAGAGCCUAAUAAUCCAUUUGAUAUAGUGAACAUCGAUUUGGAAUUGGUUCUCAAGUGGGGUUGUUCUUUGUUUUCUAAUCGUCACUGCAGAGCCAGGUUGUCCCUUUGGAGAAGAUUAGAUUACUCUGGAUGUGUAAGCGAGAACUCUGAAUAUUUUGAGAUCACAUUUGAUGGGGAACCCCAAACGGAGCUUCUGACUUUAUUAUACAUAAUGUUAUUGCCAGAGGAUGCAUGUCAUAAGUUGGAUAUUAGCAUCUGCACGGCAGAUAAGGUUAAUGGAUGCGUAGGCAUAAUCUUAUCAGAAAAGCACGACAUUGCAUGGGACAGAAGUUCAGAAAUAAGCAAGGAUCUGUUGCUGACAGAAAAGGUUUGCAGUGCCCUCUUGGCGCUUGCCGACAUUCGUGAGAGUUGUUAUGGUUCAAAGUCGAUAAAUGACGAUAUAGAAGCUCUAAAGAGAUGUUGCAUGAAAGAAAGAAAACUGUAUCAUUCUUUGGUGCUGCGUAUAAGCGAGAGGACAAUCCUUGAGAAGCUUAGGACUUAUGCUACCGUAGGAGCUCAAACAUUUCAAACAGCAAAGAAAAAGAGAAUGAAGAGGUGGUAGGUGUGAUUUAAUUGAUCAUUUGGGAUCGGAACUUUGGGAUAUUUUAAGCAUGGACGGUCUCGACAUGUUUGUUACUUAGGUAGGAAGGAUGGGUUUGGUUUAUUGGUGGGUCCUUUGGGGCCCCUGCCACGGCUUCAAUGCUACUUACCAUUGAAAUUUUCAGAAGUAUAGAUGUCUCUGUAAAACCAUUUUUCAGUUGUGAACGUACGGGAAGGAGAUGACUCUGACGUAAUUGCCAACGUAUGCCUUGCUCAAUUGGAUUGAUAAGCUUGCGCAUGCGAGGCGGGCACACAACUGCUACUUUAUCAUUUCGGAAAGUGCCCCCACUUUUUCUAUAUUCACUCUCUCGGUAUUCCAUUUUUCACAAAUUCAAUUAAGUGCCACUGUUACCCCUCUUCAAGCGGAAAGCUUAAUAAAUGGAGAAACCGCCUCUUUUUAAGCAAAAUUAGGUGAGAGAGCAACCACUGGAUCAAAACUUUAGUGAUAAAAAAAAGAAAUUAUUCUCAUAGCUAACAAA